GGAGUCGUACCGCCAGCCAUCUGUCACACCCAACGCAGUAGUCCCCUUCUGCACCUCCAGCGCCACAUACACAGACACACACCUCCUGUAACCUCUCCUGCUGUGUCUACUAUAUCGCCUGAUACUGCUACAGCUCCCCAGUGUCCUUUACUCCUAGUGCAUGUAAACAAAGAAGAAAAUACAUAGUGUCUGUGUUGAGAAAAAAGAAUAUCACGUAUUGUUGUGGUUAGUAGAUCACAACACGGAAACAUUGUCUGGUAGGUCUUGUGACCACGGUCAAUAAAGAAAAAGAAUUGUAAUGAAAAUAUUUGGUGGAAAUGUGAAAACAAUAAACGGAAUAAUAUGAAAACGUUAUUUAAAAAAAGGUCUGAAAUCAUGUGAAAAGGUGGAUGAAAUUUGUGAGAAUUAUAGAUAAAGAUACUUGAAAAUACUGAAUGAAUAUAUGUAAAAAAAAGGCCAAUCAAUAGUGGAUCUUAGUAUAUGAAAAUAUUUAUGGAAAUACUUGAGAUUCGGGACCAAAAAUGUCUAAAAAACAUUGGAUGAAAUAUUAGGUAAAAACUGUAAACAUUACUGAGUUCACAACAUGUGGAAAUAUUAAUAACAAUACGUCGACCUUGAAGCCAGGGUGUACUAAACAAGGAGUUAACCAUCGUACUACAUAGUAAGGAACACUCCGUCAUCCUAAGGAAUUAUCUGUCAGUCUAAGGAACUAUCCGUCAGCCUAAGGAACUAUCCGUCAGCCUAAGGAUCUUGAACCCGAGGACUUAGGAUAGGACUCGUGAAGGAUGGGGCGUCGCAGCAAGAGACUCCGUGCGCAGUUGUAUCAGUACGCCCAGGAUGAGGCGGGGUCCUACUCCGUCAUAACCCAGUGGCAGCCCCCAGCCACCACCCCUACGCCCCCACCGCGAGAAUGUGUCAGCAAGAGAUGCGUGGUGAUAUCUGUGGUGGUGAUGGUGAUCGCUUGUGUCGUCGUGGUAGCUGUUGGUGUCGGCCUUGGUGUGUCCCGGGGCAGCUUAGUAGACCAGAGUCGUCACAAAGAUCCAGUAGGACUGUGGAGGAUCUGGAGUAACGGGGAGGAAGAGGAAGGAGGAGGAAGGAUACCGUCACGGUUUGGGGAGUUCCCUCAGGCUGCGGUCUCUACUGAUGGCCAGCCUUGUGCUCAGGUCACAAUGGAUAUCUUGCGCAAGAACGGCACGGCAGCGGACGCGGCCAUCGCAGGACUCCUGUGUAUAGGAGUGACCAACACACAGUCUGCGGGUCUAGGAGGGGGGUUCCUCAUGACCUACUAUGAACAAGCUGCAAGCAAAGCGUACACACUCGAUGCUCGGGAGGCCAGACCAAGUGGUGGCUCACUGGGCGGGUCAGCCAUCGCCGUGCCUGGAGCGUUACGUGGCUACCGUCAGCUGUAUGAGAGGCUGGGAGGUGGGUUACCAUGGGCCGAGCUGCUGCGCCCUACAAUAAAACUAUGUGAGGAGGGCCACCCUGUCAGCCCGCACCUCGCCCGAACUCUCAGGACCCACGCCGACACCAUCCUCUCCCACCCUACCAUGAGUGUGUUCAUCAACCCAACGACAGGGACGGUAUACCAAGAGGGAGACAUUGUGACACGCCCCCAGCUGGCCAACACCCUACGUCUCCUCCAGCAGGACAGUGAUGCCCUUUAUACGGGUCCUCUGGCAGAAAGUCUCACACAGGACAUCCAGAACCUAGGAGGGACGCUCACCAAGGAAGACCUAAAACAGUACAGACCUGUGUGGAAGGACCCUGUGAGAGUGAACCUUCAACAUGGUGGGUUCACCAUGUACUCUUCACCAUCACCUAGCUCGGGUCUCGUCUUGGGCUUCAUCCUCAACGUUCUGGACGAGUACGGACUCACUCCUGACAGUUUAAAUGACCAGAAUGUCGUCCUGACCCACCAUCGUGUGGCUGAGGCCAUGAAAUGGGCCUACCCCAAGGACACCACGUUGCGGAACUCCGUGAAUGUAACGGAGCUUCCACAGUACAUGACCUCUGAUGCCUUUGCUGCUAGUAUUCGACACCUGAUUCAAGAUGAUAAGACCUUCAAUGACUUAGGGCACUAUGGAGCCGCCCCUGCUGGUAAGAUUGACCCUGGCACUGCCCGCACUUUUCUAGAUGACCCCGACAGUGCCCACAUCUCCCAAGAUGACUGUGGCAUUGUCCAGUUCUCUCUGAUGGCACCCAACGGUGACGCAGUCUCUGUAACCAGUGGCAUUAACUCAUGCCUAGGUGCCAGGGUCCGAUCCCGACAGACUGGUCUCCUCCUGAAUAAUGUCGCGGCAGAUUUACCUCACCACCGCUCGCCACCAGCCACUAGCUCCUCAGGUGGUCCCGCAGAUAAGUCCCACGUUUGUCACAUGAGCCCUACAGUGUUCGUGGACGCAAGGGGGGACGUUCGCCUAGUCAUCAGCGGAGCAGGAGAGGGUUGGGUAGCCUGGGCCGCCACCUGGAUGGCUCUCCGCACUCUGUGGCUGGGGGAGAGAGUCACUCAAGCUGUUCACGCUCCAAGAAUGCACCUGCGGAUGCACCCUAUGGCCAUCCUUUACGAGGAAGGACUCUCACCGGAAAUCGUUGCUGGUUUACACGCCAAGGGCCACAAUAUGGAGAAGCAGAGUGAAAAUUCCGCCAUUUAUGCAGUUGCCAGGGAGAAUGGCAGAAGGAUUCAUGCAGUGGCAGACUUCAGAAGAGGAGGCGCAACUGAUGGAUUCUAAUACGAUGAUCAGCUAAAGUUUAUAUAAAAAAUCUAACCUUUAUUUUUUUUAAUAUUUACAAAAGAAUCCUAUCGUAUCGUUGUUUCCCGGAAACUUAAUAUUCAUAAUUUCAAACUACAGUAUAGCGUCAACGCUUACCCCAGAACACAUUAGCAUGGAUAAAUAACAUUAAAAUUGUAUUUUCUUUGUUUCUCAAACCUCUCCACCUUGGGUGACCAUUGAUUAAUUGCCUGGUUUGUGUCUUACAGGAGGUGGGGAAGAGAUAGAUCCAGUCUGUGUGGCUUAUAAGUGGCGGCGUGGACUACUAUGUAGAAUGCACCCUUUAUAAUUUUACAUGUAUACAUAAUGCUCUAUAUUAAAUAAUUCUUCUGUAUUGAUACGAAUCUCGUAUUGAUCUCAAAUUAAUUUUACUGUGACAGCAGAUAAUUUAUUUAUUGAUGCACAUGUAUUAUUGGAGCCCAAAUCAAGAUGAAUCAACACUAUUUUUUUAUGUAUCAUCUCUUUGUUCAUCUUACCUCUUAUGGCAGUGCUGUGUACAUGAAAUAUUUCAUGGACAUUUUAACAGUAAUACUUAUGCGUCUCUGAUAUGACAGGUAUUUAUAGUUCUCUAAGUGUGUACCUACUGUAUAGUCACUUUUGUAUAGUUCACUCACUAAACAUGUUUGUACCAAAGAUGAAAUUUCCACACAUUCUAGUAUUGGAAUAAAAUACAAUGUAUUUACAGAACAAAUUUAUUU